AUGGCUGGUGUUGCUCAUUUCACCGUUCCGCUGCAUCAGAGCUUUGGCUAUGGCAUCGUGGUCGGGCUGGGCUUUGCCUUUGCCUUGCUGAUGAUCUUUAUCACAUGGGCUUUGAAGAGAUAUCAGUAUGAAGUCCAGACCUCGGAAAUGUUCUCGACCGCAGGCCGUACCGUCAAGUCAGGCCUGGUAGCGUCAGCUGUCGUCAGUAGCUGGACCUGGGCAGCAACUCUUUUGCAAUCGUCAACGGUAGCUUAUGAGUAUGGUGUCUCUGGUCCUUUCUACUACGCGUCUGGCGCGACAGUGCAGAUUCUCCUGUUUGCUACCCUGGCCAUUGAAUUGAAACGCCGCGCCCCCAAUGCGCAUACCUUCCUCGAGGUCAUUCGCGCACGAUACGGCACUGUAGUUCACUGUGUCUUUAUUGUGUUCUGUUUAAUGACCAACAUUCUCGUGACCGCCAUGCUGCUGACUGGCGGCUCUGCCGUUUUGACCGCACUGACCGGCAUGCACACUGCCGCCGCUUGCUUCUUGCUCCCCAUUGGAGUCGUGCUGUAUACUGUCUUUGGUGGAAUCAAGGCUACGUUUAUUACUGAUUACCUGCACACCAUCUUCAUCGUCGUGAUCAUCUUUGUCUUCGCCUUCAACGCAUACGCCUCGAGCCCCGUGCUGGGCUCGCCCGGAAAGGUGUAUGACAUUUUGACGGCCGCUGCAAAGGCAAACCCUGUCGAUGGGAACUCGCAGGGCAGUUAUCUCACCAUGCAUUCGCGCGAAGGUGGCAUCUUUUUUGUUAUUAACCUGAUUGGCAACUUUGGAACGGUUUUUCUCGAUAACGGAUACUACAACAAAGCCAUUGCGGCGAGCCCCGUUCACGCAUUCCCUGGAUAUGUGAUUGGCGGUCUUUGCUGGUUUGCCAUCCCAUGGUUGUGUGCCACCACUAUGGGAUUGACAGCCAUUGCUCUACAGGGAGACUCAAUUUUGAGCUCUACCGACGUUACUGCGGGUCUUGUUUUGCCGUACGCUGCUGUGCAGUUGAUGGGAUAUGGGGGUGCUGUGGCAACGACUUUGAUGGUCUUCAUGGCCGUCACAUCUGCUUUCUCCGCGCAGCUGAUUGCUGUGUCCUCGGUCUUUACAUACGAUAUUUACCAGGCGUACAUCAAGCCUUCUGCAAAGGGCCAGAACCUGGUCUGGAUGUCCCACAUGGCUUGCGUUGUGUAUGCUCUGAUCAUGGCUGGUUUUGCUACUGGUCUCUACUACGCUGGAAUUGGAAUGGGCUAUCUGUACCUGCUCAUGGGAGUCAUCAUUUCUGCGGCUGUGAUCCCGGGCUCGUUGACUCUGUUAUGGAAGGGACAAAACUGGGUGGCCGCAGCACUGUCGCCGCCGCUUGGUCUGGCAGUUGCUUUGAUCGCCUGGCUUGUGACAGCAAAGUCUCUGUACGGCGAACUGACCGUGGCCACUACUGGACAAAACUACCCUAUGCUUGCCGGAAACGUCGCCGCACUACUCAGCCCGCUGAUAUUCAUCCCCAUUCUAACCCUGAUAUUUGGCCAACAAAACUACGACUACGAAUCCAUGCGCAACAUCCGCAAAGUCGACGACUCGGACGUCGCCGCCGCGGCACACGUCGAUCUCGAAAUGAUCCCCGGCGAAACCAGCCACCCAGAAGACAUGACGGCCACCGAAAAGCAAAAACUCGACAAAGCCGCGUUUUGGGCACGCACACUAACGGUGAUAAUGACUUUGUGUCUGCUCAUCCUCUGGCCCAUGCCCAUGUAUGGCUCUGGCUACGUUUUCAGUAAGAAAUUUUUCACGGGCUGGGUUGUCGUUGGCAUUUUGUGGUUGUUUUGUACUGCGUUUGGCGUCGUUUUGUUCCCGUUGUAUGAGGGGCGUGCCAGUAUUGUGCGUGUGGUCCGGAUGAUGGCUUUGGAUGCCAUGGUCAAGGGGAGGAAGAAGCACCUGGCGCAAGAGCCGGAUACGUCGGUGACGGCCAGUCCAGCGCAGGCGGCUUCUGUUGAGAAGUUGCCAGUGGCGGAGUAA